CAAUGAAGAGCACAGGCCCAGGGUAGUGUCAUUGAAGAAAAGAUCAUCCCAUCAAUCCCAGCUCUCCAUCAAGAGUACCCAGUGAAGAAUGUGAUGGGAUCACUAGCAUGUCUGCGGAGAGUGGCCCUGGGACGAGAUUGAGAAAUCUGCCAGUAAUGGGGGAUGGACUAGAAACUUCCCAAAUGUCUACAACACAGGCCCAGGCCCAACCCCAGCCAGCUAACACAGCCAGCACCAACCCUCCGCCCCCGGAGACCUCCAACCCCAACAAGCCCAAGAGGCAGACCAACCAACUGCAAUAUCUUCUCAGAGUGGUGCUCAAGACACUAUGGAAACACCAGUUUGCGUGGCCUUUCCAGCAGCCUGUGGACGCCGUCAAGCUAAACCUCCCUGAUUACUAUAAGAUCAUUAAAACACCUAUGGAUAUGGGAACAAUAAAGAAGCGCUUGGAAAACAACUAUUACUGGAAUGCUCAGGAAUGUAUCCAGGACUUCAACACUAUGUUUACAAAUUGUUACAUUUAUAACAAGCCUGGAGAUGACAUAGUCUUAAUGGCAGAAGCUCUGGAGAAGCUCUUCUUGCAAAAAAUCAACGAACUACCCACAGAAGAAACCGAGAUCAUGAUAGUCCAGGCAAAAGGAAGAGGACGUGGGAGGAAAGAAGCAGGGACGGCAAAACCUGGAGUCUCCACGGUACCAAACACCACUCAAGCAUCAACUCCUCCACAGACCCAGACCCCUCAACAGAAUCCUCCACCUGUGCAGGCCACACCUCACCCCUUCUCUGCUGUCACCCCAGACCUCAUCGUCCAGACCCCUGUCAUGACAGUGGUGCCUCCCCAGCCACUGCAGACACCCCCACCGGUUCCCCCCCAGCCACCACCCCCACCCACUCCAGCCCCCCAGCCCGUGCAGAGCCACCCGCCCAUCAUCGCGGCCACCCCACAGCCUGUGAAGACAAAGAAGGGGGUGAAGAGGAAAGCAGACACCACCACCCCCACCACCAUCGACCCCAUUCAUGAGCCGCCCUCACUGCCCCCGGAGCCCAAGACCACCAAAGUGGGCCCCCGACGGGAGAGCAGCCGGCCUGUGAAACCCCCAAAGAAGGACGUGCCCGACUCUCAGCAGCACCCAGCACCAGAGAAGAGUAGCAAGGUCUCAGAGCAGCUCAAGUGCUGCAGCGGCAUCCUCAAGGAGAUGUUUGCCAAGAAGCAUGCCGCCUAUGCCUGGCCCUUCUACAAGCCUGUGGACGUAGAGGCGCUGGGCCUGCAUGACUACUGUGACAUCAUCAAGCACCCCAUGGACAUGAGCACAAUCAAGUCUAAACUGGAGGCCCGUGAGUACCGCGAUGCUCAGGAAUUUGGUGCUGAUGUCCGAUUGAUGUUCUCCAACUGCUAUAAGUACAACCCUCCCGACCAUGAGGUGGUGGCCAUGGCCCGCAAGCUCCAGGAUGUUUUCGAAAUGCGUUUUGCCAAGAUGCCUGACGAGCCUGAGGAGCCAGUAGUGGCUGUGUCCUCCCCGGCAGUGCCCCCUCCCACCAAGGUUGUGGCCCCACCCUCAUCCAGCGACAGCAGCAGCGAUAGCUCCUCGGACAGCGACAGUUCCACAGACGACUCCGAGGAGGAGCGAGCCCAGCGGCUGGCUGAGCUCCAGGAGCAGCUCAAAGCCGUGCACGAGCAGCUCGCAGCCCUCUCGCAGCCCCAGCAGAACAAACCAAAGAAAAAGGAGAAAGACAAGAAGGAAAAGAAAAAAGAAAAGCACAAAAAGAAAGAGGAAGUAGAAGAGAAUAAGAAAAGCAAAGCCAAGGAACUUCCUCCCAAAAAGACAAAGAAAAAUAACAGCAACAACAGCAAUGUGAGCAAGAAGGAGCCAGCACCUAUGAAGAACAAGCCCCCUCCUGCAUACGAAUCGGAGGAGGAGGACAAGUGCAAGCCCAUGUCGUACGAGGAGAAGCGGCAGCUCAGCCUGGACAUCAACAAGCUCCCUGGCGAGAAGCUGGGCCGCGUAGUGCACAUCAUCCAGUCUCGGGAGCCCUCACUCAAGAACUCCAACCCUGACGAGAUCGAGAUCGAUUUUGAGACCCUGAAGCCAUCCACGCUGCGGGAGCUGGAGCGCUAUGUCACCUCUUGUUUGCGGAAGAAAAGGAAACCUCAAGCUGAGAAAGUUGAUGUGAUUGCUGGCUCCUCUAAGAUGAAGGGCUUCUCGUCCUCGGAGUCGGAGAGCUCCAGUGAGUCCAGCUCCUCUGACAGCGAAGACUCCGAAACAGAGAUGGCUCCGAAGUCAAAAAAGAAGGGGCACCCUGGGAGGGAGCAGAAGAAGCACCACCACCACCACCAUCAGCAGAUGCAGCAGGCCCCGGCCUCUGUGCCCCAGCAGCCACCCCCACCACCCCAGCAGCCCCCACCCCCUCCACCUCCACCACAGCAGCAGCAGCAGCCGCCCCCGCCCCCUCCGCCCCCGCCCUCCCUGCCACAGCAGGCAGCCCCUGCGAUGAAGUCCUCGCCCCCGCCCUUCAUCGCCACCCAGGUGCCCGUCCUGGAGCCCCAGCUCCCAGGCAGCGUCUUCGACCCCAUCGGCCACUUCACCCAGCCCAUCCUGCACCUGCCGCAGCCUGAGCUGCCCCCUCACCUGCCCCAGCCGCCCGAGCACAGCACUCCACCCCAUCUCAACCAGCACGCGGUAGUCUCUCCUCCAGCUUUGCACAACGCGCUGCCCCAGCAGCCAUCGCGGCCAAGCAACCGAGCCGCCGCCCUGCCUCCCAAGCCCACCCGGCCCCCGGCCGUGUCGCCUGCACUGGCACAGCCCCCCAUGCUCCCACAACCCCCCAUGGCUCAACCCCCUCAAGUGCUGCUGGAGGACGAAGAGCCACCUGCCACGCCCCUCACCUCCAUGCAGAUGCAGCUGUACCUGCAGCAGCUGCAGAAGGUGCAGCCCCCCACGCCGCUACUCCCUUCCGUGAAGGUGCAGUCCCAGCCGCCACCCCCGCUGCCACCCCAGCCCCACCCCUCUGUGCAGCAGCUACAGCAGCAGCCACCACCUCCGCCCCCACCCCAGCCCCAGCCCCCACCCCAGCAGCAGCACCAGCCCCCACCACGGCCUGUGCACUUGCAGCCCAUGCAGUUCUCCACGCACAUCCAGCAGCCCCCACCACCCCAGGGCCAGCAGCCCCCCCACCCGCCCCCAGGCCAGCAGCCGCCCCCGCCACAGCCCGCCAAGCCUCAGCAAGUCAUUCAGCAUCAUCCUUCACCCCGGCAUCACAAGUCGGACCCCUACUCAACAGGUCAUCUCCGCGAAGCCCCCUCCCCGCUUAUGAUGCCCUCCCCCCAGAUGCCGCAGUUCCAGAACCUGACCCGCCAGUCUCCGCCCCAGCAAAGCGUGCAGCCUAAGAAGCAGGAGCUGCGUGCAGCCUCCGUGGUCCAGCCCCAGCCCCUGGUGGUGGUGAAGGAGGAGAAGAUCCACUCACCCAUCAUCCGCAGCGAGCCCUUCAGCCCCUCGCUGCGGCCGGAGCCCCCCAAGCACCCGGAGAGCAUCAAGGCCCCCGUCCACCUGCCCCAGCGGCCAGAGAUGAAGCCUGGGGACGUUGGGAGGCCUGUGAUCCGGCCCCCUGAGCAGAACGCACCCCCGCCAGGGGCCCCUGACAAGGAUAAACAGAAACAGGAGCCGAAAACUCCAGUUGCACCCAAAAAGGACCUGAAAAUCAAGAACAUGGGCUCCUGGGCCAGCCUGGUGCAGAAGCAUCCAACCACCCCAUCCUCCACAGCCAAGUCAUCGAGCGACAGCUUCGAGCAGUUCCGCCGAGCUGCUCGGGAGAAGGAGGAGCGUGAGAAGGCCCUGAAGGCGCAGGCUGAGCACGCGGAGAAGGAGAAGGAGCGGCUGCGGCAGGAGCGCAUGAGGAGCCGAGAGGACGAAGACGCACUGGAGCAGGCCCGGCGGGCCCAUGAGGAGGCACGCCGGCGCCAGGAGCAGCAGCAGCAGCAGCAGCAGCGGCAGGAGCAGCAGCAGCAGCAGCAGCAACAGGCAGCUGCGGUGGCCGCUGCUGCCGCUGCCCCCCCUCAGGCCCAAAGCUCCCAGCCCCAGUCCAUGCUGGACCAGCAGAGGGAGCUGGCCCGGAAGCGGGAGCAGGAGCGAAGGCGCCGGGAAGCAAUGGCAGCUACCAUUGACAUGAAUUUCCAGAGUGAUCUAUUGUCAAUAUUUGAAGAAAAUCUUUUCUGAGAGCACCUAGGUGGCUUCUGACUUUGAUUUUCUGGCAAAACGUUGACUUUCCAUAGUGUUAGGGGCGGCGGUGGAGGCGGUAGCAGCAGCCAGGGAGUGUCUCUGGGCCUGGCCCUCCUGCAUGCUAUGCCUGGGGCAGGCCUGAUGGGCAGCUGAGGAUCACAGAGCCUGUCUGCCUUACGGCCAGCUGGACAGACGUCCUGCCACCCGCCACCCCCUCACAGGACGUCAGCUCAGAGCACGCCUCGUUAUGAGCAAGUGCCGGCCGGACCCAAACCCUGCGUCCCCACAUGGGGGUCAGAGGCCCUUCUUUCCGCCAAAUGUCUACACAGUAUACACAGGACAUCGUUGCUGCCGCCACCAUGACUGGUUUUCUGUCCCCGAGAACAUGACGUUUGCAACGUCCCGCCCACCGGGAGUUCUUCCCCACACCCCAGCCAUUGCCGCUCACUCCCAGGAGACCAGGGCAGGCCCACGUGGGCUGGAGGCGGGCGAGGCUGGCCCACCCCCUUGCUGGCACUGACUUUGCCUUGAACAGAUCCCACCCCUCCCCUCCCCCCACAAGCCUUUAAUUGAGAGCCACUCUCUGUAAGUGUUCGCUUGUGCAAAAGGGAACAGUGCCGUGGAGGUGUGUGUGUCCAUGGCAAUUUGGGGCGAGGUGACUGCCCCGAGUGUGUGUGGGCAGGCCCCGCCCGGGGAGUGAGGCCACCAACCAAAGUCAGUUCCUUCCCACCUGUGUUUCUGGUUUUUUUUUUUUUUCUAUAUAUAUAUUUUUUGUUGGAUUCUAUUUUAUUUUUAAUUUUCUCUUCUCCUCCAGACACAAUGGCACUGCUUAUCUCCGAAAUGGCGUGAUCGUCUCCUCAUUGAGUGGCGGCUACCACCGCGCUGUGGGUAGUGUGUGACCGUGGCUGUACUGUAUAGUGAACAUAGUUGGCAUAUCUUUGUUUGAAGUUUGUUGGUGACUCCACCAAACUGGUGUAAAAAAAAAAAAAAAACUCAAAAAAAAUCGACAAAAAAAAAACAAAACACAAAAUGCAAAAAAACAAAACAAAAAAAACUGCUUAUAUUUUACUCAGUUUCAGACUUUAUUAGUCUAUUUUUAAUUAUUAAACCAGAAAGCUGCAGUUUCUUUUAUUUCUCUUCCUUCCCUACCCCCUCAUUCGUUGGCUUCUUUGUUUUUUAAUGUCAAAUCUGUUUGAGUUGUUUUUUACCAAUAAAGGAAGGGCCAGGGGACAAGGUAGGCACCAGGCGCUGGGGGAGGGGGGGGCUGCAGACUGAGGCAGGUUUCCCCGCCCUGUGCCCGGCCCCAACUAGCCGGCUGCUCCUGCCCACGCUUUUUUUUAAUUUUAUAAUUGGAGCCCUUGGUGAGGUUAUGCGUGCCAUGAGAACCCACUCUACACCACAACGCUGGUGCCUCAGUGUUGGCCAAACUCUGGAGUCGCUGACUGGUUUGACUUUCAUACGGUGAAUAUGCAUUUGGUCUGUACUGAUCAUGGAAUAAACACAUCUCUCUUUUUUAA